AUGGCGCCUGUGGCACUUCGGUAUGCGCCAUGCUUGCGGCGCGACUGUCUGGUGGCCGAGCUCAAGGCGCAAGUGCCUCUGAACUGGUCGCCGAUCCUGCUGGCACGGGACGGGACGAGCCAGGGCAGCGCGCCAGUGGCGGCGCCAACGAGCGGAAGCACGUGGGCGUAUGUGUGCGUGGCGACGGGCAACGCGCACGCACGCGGGUGUGCGGUCGUACUGCGGUCGAUCGCGCGGACCGGGACGCCACACGUCCUGCACGCGCUGCUUGGCCCCGGCGAGUCUGUGGGCAAGGCCGAGAUCGAGGCGCUGCACGCGCUUGGUGCGGUGACGUCCAAGAUGGAGCGGACGCUGCAAGUCCGUUCCGAGAGCCACUGGUCGACGCUGUCAGCGUCCAAGUUUGGGGUGUGGCGGCUGGAGCAGUACGACAAGAUCCUGUUUGUCGACGCCGACGUGGUCGUCCUCAAGCCGCUCGACUCGCUGUUCGAUCUUGUAGACAAGCCUGGGAUGAUUGCUGCACCACAGGAUCCUGUCUACCUGGUAACCGGGCCACCGGCGCUGGUCACCUCGCUCUUUGUGGCGGUCCCGUCAGUGGCGACGUACGAGGAGCUUGUCGAGACGAUGGUCAACGACCCGGCGUACAAGACCAACAGCAUGUCGGACUCACGGGUGGCGCGGAGUGUGUUCAGCGGGAGCAAGUGGGUCGAGAUCCCACCGCAGUACCACAUGUCGUCGUGGAUGUUUGAGGUCCGGCACAUUCCGGCCCAGCGGCUGCUCAACGCCGCGCACUCGAUCCACUACUCGGGCGGGAACAAGCCGCUGUACUCGGGCGUCUUUGGCGGCGUCUCGUCGUGCACCUCGUCGGGGCGAUUCCUGUGGCCACUGUGGGCGGCCAUGCGCGCCGAUGCGGUCCACCCGCGGACAAAAGUGGACCCGCUGGUUGUUGCUGGGUAA